GGAAUGAAUUUGUCCUAGUGUCUUGAUAUCUGGGAAUUUGUCUAAUAUUCGACUGUAAACAUCUUCAGAGUGGAGGGAAAUGUGGGAGUUCGGUUGGAGGAUAAAAGGUACACGUCGUAACAUUCGAUUUGAUGUUGUAAAAACAGAGGGAAACUUCGCCGUGAGGCGAGGCAGCCGUCGAAUGAAGUACCAAGUACCACGUAAACAUUUAUCUACUUCACGAAUCCAAGACACCAAAAAAAAAGAUUUUUAAAGCAGAAAGGUCAAAGUGGAGUGUACAUGUUAAUAAGUAUUUAUAAUUGUCAGUCCCAAGGUUGAAUUUAAUCCCAAACUCUUUCCAGCCGGCGGCCGAAUUCCAAAUCCUCAGGCUUCCGAGUUCCGGCUCUUGGUUUUUUUGGGAAUUUGGGUUGCGCCGCUGAGCAAAUCGAAAUACUCCGUAUAAUAACGGACUAGCCACCAAAGCUUACAGCAACUGAGAAAAUGGCGAGAAGAUGAAAGGAAGAGCUUGACUUUAUACGGAGUACUAGUAUAGUACGGGCGCACGGGGAGGGAAAGAGCAGUCGGUUGCUGAGUUUAGGGCCGGGUCAGAAAACCUAAAACCGAAUCAAAUUAAGUGGCGCCGAGGUGGGAGGGCGGCCAACACAGAAGAAAAGCCCUCAAGAGUCAAGGCAGCCUUCAGGCUCCAGGGGUUUUGCUUCCAGCCCAGACUGCCACGCUCCUGCCUCUAGGCUCCGACCCUCCACUGCACCAGCAGUGACAAGUCCGGCGGCUUUGCUAUUCAGAAAAAUCAAAGUUCGCCAAGCCUGCCAGUUCUUGAUUCGGUCUAGCAUCUUUUCUACUUCAUCAGGGACUUGACAUACUUGUAUCAGACCACCUGUUAGAUUCCGAGUCCAUUCUCUGUCACCUCAAUUGCUAUUAGCAAAACAUGCACGCAAUAAAGGCUGCACGCUCGAUGCGAACCUUUGCCCUUGUUACUUGCAAUAAUUCUAGAGGACGGAAGGCAGGGAUUAGGCGUUCGAAGGAGGAGAGAAAAUCUAUGGUUGAGACCUUUAUAAAGAAAUAUCAGAAGUCAAACUGCGGGAACUUCCCUACAAUUAAUCUCACACACAAGGAAGUUGGUGGCUCAUACUACAUAGUACGGCAAAUUGUUCGAGAAAUUAUCCAAGAAAACAAAGUUUUGGGUCCCACUAAGCUACAUCCUGAAGACCAUCCUGACCAAAUCUCCCUGGAACGCUUUUCAUUAGGAUGUGACAAUACAGAUGAUAAAGACAAAGCAAGUGGACUACCAGUUUAUACAGAGUCACUGGAAAGAGAAAUUCCCGAAAGUAUUUUUCAAGAACCAAACAUACAUGAAAGGAAUGUUGAAAGGAUAGAAGUGCUCGAAGCUUCAAGUGUUGUUGAUGUUGCAGUUGAAAAGUUUCCCUCAAAGGCCACCUCUAUACCAAUUGAUAAUUUUGAAGAAAAAACAGGUGAUGCUCCCAUUAGAACCAAGAGAGAACAGGACAGGGGGGACUUCUUUGAAAAAUCUUAUGCUUUGGUGAAUGAAAAGGUUUCUGAAACUCUUGAAAGUCAAGCAGUGGAAGGAAAAACUGAUGUUGUGAAUAAGGAAACAGUGCAUCAGGAGUUUGGAGAGUCAUCUUUGCAAAAUUUAACUUCCUCUAGAGACAAAUUAGCAAGUGGUACUGUGAAUGCUGAGGAUACAUAUGCUGCUACAAUUGAGAGCUCAAAUGGCAGUUCCCACAAAAUAUUGGUUUCUGAGGAAUCUCUUACAAUCAACAAGACACCUACUGCUCCACAAGCUGAUACACUCCUGAAAGAUCGCACUUCUCCAGUGAAUGUUGAAACACAGAAGAGCGCAACGAAAGAACCCAGCAAAUCAGAAACCAAUCCUGUGGUGGGCUUAAUGAAGUCCUUGUACACUGCUUUUGUAAAAUUCUGGACUUAAGAAUGAUGAUACAUGAAUGUAUCUACUCCAAAUUUUGGCUGAAUGAGCUUGUAUUCCUGAUUUCCUUCCCGGUAAAAUCGUUGUUAGAUUAUUAUUAUUAUGGCUUUCCAGAGGUAGCAAUACAUGUGAAUAUACAUCUCAAUUUUUGUGUAUAAAACGAGUCGAGGCGAGUUCGGUUUGGUCCUGUGGUCAGACGAGUCUGGACCGCCUUCAUAUGCUCGGUGUGGCGUAUGAGCGUAUCUCAACGGACAGUGGAGAGAUGGUAGGGAUCUGAUCCAAAGGUGCCCAGAAGAGGAUCUUUUGAUUCCUUGCUUCUUUCCUUCUAAUUGUGAUUUAUUAGAUUCCACAGGAUUAGAGACUAGGAGAUGAAGAAAGAACAUAUGAUUCUAUUCUAUGCUCCCAGAAUCUGCAUUGUCCUUGAGACAAAGAACACAUGGAUCCCAAAAUGGAAUGCCAUCUCUUCUGGUUAUCGCUUUCCCUUCUCUGACCAUUAUUAAUGCCCCUUGCCCAUCUUCACCAUUUCAAGGCAGACAGCCGUAUCUUUCUUAUUUACUGUCUUGCGGCUAUUUUAAAUACAAAAUAUAUAAAAAUAUAUUUGAAUUUUCUACCCUACAUUCAGAUCAGAAGAUAUAACUGCAUCUGUUUUUUUGUAGCUUGUGCAGAGUGCACUUGUAAUAACUCCCUAAAACUGUACGAACAUCAUUGUUUUUAAUAUUCAACUCUGUACAACUUCACAGAACAUUUUCA